UAAGUGGCAUGGAAACCAAUGGAAACUUGCGAAGUUGCGAUUUUCAAGACAAGUUCAGUUCACUUCACAAGUUCUGAUUCAAUUUUUAAAAGCUAUAUUAUUUUAUUAUUUUGCACAAGUUAUUGAUAGUUUGCGUUGUGAAACGGAAAAAGAUUUUACGUGGUCAACAAACGAUGGCUCUGAAUAAAUAUAUGCACCCCCGUAAUAUUUACAAAACACCACCAGAUUUUGGAAAGUUAACAAAAUUAUUUUCAGAAUUUUCUGCUAUAUCCAAAGUGGAUGUCACAGGCAAAAUCACGAUUGAUUUCAAAGAUCCACAUUCACUGCGAAUACUUACAAAAUGUCUUCUGAAAUCAGAUUUCAAUUUAGACGUUGACAUUCCUGAGGAUAGAUUAGUUCCAACACUGCCUUUAAGGCUUAAUUACAUACUAUGGAUUGAAGACUUACUUGAAUCAAUUCAACGAAGAGACAAUAUAAAGGGGAUAGACAUAGGUACAGGCGCAUGUGCCAUUUACCCAUUGUUAGCUGCAGUAAAAAACAAAUGGAACUUUCUAGCAACAGAGAAGGAUUCUGAAAGUUUAUCUAAGGCUCAAGAAAAUGUUCAAAAGAAUAACUUACAAGAAAUCAUUCAAUUGAAGAAGAACACAACGCAGUCUAUAAUAUCACAUGUUUUUAGUGACAAGCCUAAUCAAGAAUUUGAUUUCUGUAUGUGCAACCCACCAUUCUACAGUACUUUACAAGAAUUAUAUGAAUCAAGGAGUCCAGCUAGAUUACCUCCAAAGAAUGGCUUUACAGGAUCACCACAAGAGUUAAUCACUGAAGGUGGAGAAUUGGAAUUUUGUAGACAACUCAUUAAAGAGAGCAAAAUGUACAAAGAAUGUAUGAACAUAUUUACUACAAUGGUGGGUCAUAAAUAUAAUGUCAGUGUUUUAAUACAACAAUUAAAAUUUGAGGGAAUCAAACACACCCACACUGAGUUCUGCCAGGGUCGAGUUACCAGGUGGGGGCUAGCUUGGACUUUCAAGGAUUACGAUUUGAUUAAAUUGGUGCCUCCAAGAGACAAACCAAGAAAGAAACAUACACCAACAAUCUAUGUGCUGCCCGAAUUACCAAAUAGUGACAAUAAAACGGACAUAGCACUAAACAAAAUAAAAGAGAUACUUGAUAAAUUAGAUAUAACAAAUAACUUGAUUGAUAAGCGUGGUAAAAAUGUUACACUAGAUAUAGUUGCACAUACCAAUACUUGGUCAAAUCAGAGGCGUAAAAGAAGACUGGAAAGAAGAAUAGAAACUGUCGCCAAAAUAACUAAACCCAAUGAAGAAAAAGAUGAGGAACAUAAAACUAAAUUGAAUAGUGAAUCAGUUUUAGGUUCUGAUUCACCAGCUUCAACCAGAGAUGAUGAAAGUGUAUGCAGUCAAGAUAUAUCAUUUGAUAGUUAUGUAGAUGAUCAGUUGGUUGACUCUGUACAAGUAUGUAAGAGACAACCACUUGUACAUGCCUUUUUGAAAUUGGUAAAAAAAGAAAAUAAUACUCUACUUGAACUUGAGUAUCUUGAUGGUAAUGCGGGCAAAGAAGGUUUGCAUCAAAUUGCGCAAUACAUAAAAAACAACUGGAAAUAAAUGUGUGGUUUUAUAA